UAAAAUGGAGGAUGGUUAGCCGUCGGUAGUUUCCACAUGUUGUCGAGAUUUUUCGUCAGUGUGCCCCGAGAGAAAGACCCAAAUGGGGGUUGUUCACCCCCAGAAUGGUACUUUGCAUCCCCAGUUUUGGAGACGACUGUUGUAUAUCUCGAAGUGAGGGGGUGCAAAAGUGCAAGAAAAACACAGUUUUCAACUGCCAGUGGGACCACUGGUCCGGCAGAGAUGUUAUAAAACACUGUAAUCAGCAUGCCUGAAUGUACUGUUUGUGGAGAGAGAGAUUUUGAGGAGCACGAUGGUCAUUAUUUCUGUGCUACCUGCAAUACACAGUCUCAGGAUGUAAGAGUUAUAGUUGCAGAAGAGGAGAAUUUUGACAACUUCCGUAGGAGUGGUCUGAUUAAGGAAGCAGCAACACCAAGACAAAGCAAGAAGCAAGUCGGUGAUCAUGGUCGACCAUGGAGUGUUUAUGAAGCAUACCAGAUAAUAAUUCAACAUCAGGUGGAUGCCCUCAUCAAACUUGGAGCACAGGAAAGUUUGAAGGAAAUUGUAUUUCAAAUUUGGGUGAACUAUUUAUCAAAACUUGGUGUGGCAUUCUCCUCUGAUACGGUCACAAAUGUGAAAUAUGAAAGACAGAGAGAGUUAUUUCCAAGCACAACAGACCAGCCAAGAAUCAAGAAUGUUCUCGGGAUGAAAAGUCGGAAGAGAACUCUUGGAUUGUCGGCCAAAAAAGUUCACAAACAAGUGGAAAAGGAGCAGACUGUUGAAGCUCUUCAGAAUGAAGAGUUUUAUGAGGGAGAUAACCCACUAAAUGAUAGUGGAGAUACAGAGACAGAAUUAACGGGAGGAGGCUGGAGCAGCAAUGAGGAAGAUGAUAGUGAACAGAAAUGGGGACGUUACAGGAAAUCACUAAAGUUCAAUGCUGUUGAAAAAGUGAGAAUGACUAGUACAAUAAGUGUGUGUUUCCUGGGGUUAAUGUAUACCAAUCCCCUUACUACAGCAUCAGACCUUAUCAGAUGGAUACGCAAAAAGAAGAUACCAUAUAUAGAUGUGAGAGCUAUACUACCUGAAGACAUGAAAUUCUGCUUAAAUGAUUGGAAAUUAUUUGGUUUUGGUUCACCUCCGACUUUGGAACAGAUCCGUCAAACAGCAGGAACAAUUGCUUACUACAUACAGCUGAAGAAUUUCCCAGACUUCCCUCUAGACACACUUAUAAAUAAGUACAUUAUACAGUUAGACCUGCCAGCUGAGUUUCAUGGGUACACAAUGAAUCUGUAUAGCAGCAUGCAGAUAAAUCUACGUUACAAACCAUCAUGUCAGCAAAAGAUGACAAUUUUCUGGGAAUGUGUUGCCAUGGCGUACAUUGUCAUCCUGCUGAAACUCUUCUUUGGCAUGAAUGAUUCUCAUGAAAUAUUGUUGUCAGAGUAUACGAAAGAACUUGUGGAAAUAUCUGAGUGUGCACAGCCACUAUUUGUAUGGACAGACUGGGUACAACACAUGCAGAACAGAAUACACGUACAGAACCAACAGAAGUCCAGAACUGCUGAUAGAACACUUGAUGGCUGUGGUGAACUUAGCGAGAGGAUAAAGGCAACGCAGUACAUAAGUAAAGUGAAAUUAUAUGACAAGACUGUAAAAGAUACAUUAGCACAACCUUUCUUAGAGCUAUCUCAGCGGUGGAAACUGAGGCACUCGGAUGAGUCCAGGUCGUCUUCUGGUGAUCCUAAUCUCCACGAACAUAAUGGCAUUUCAGUUGAUUUUGAUAUGAACACACUAGAUGAAGAAGACCCUUUGGAAUUAUUGCAGCUUGAUUACUCAACUGAAAAUGACUUAAAUAUAUGGAAUGGUCGGAGUGUUCACAAGGAACAGGAAUGUGAAAUGGAUAAGGACAUGCGUUCAAAAUCAGACAGUUUAAGAAAGUCAACUGUACAGCAUAUAUUAAGUCCUGAGACUUACUUAACUGUUUUACAGAACAGAAUUGAUAGCAACAACCCAGAACGAAGAACACCUGAAAACGAUUUUGAUUCUAUUCUGUCGGAAAUGAUCAUAAAUGAUUUUUAUGACAGUUCUGCGUCUCCAUCAAAACGACGAAAACUGGAACAUUCCGGAAAUAAGAAUUCACAGAAAAAUGCUAAUGAUUUUGAUGAUGAAGAAUCUGCAGUGCAUGAUAAAAUAGAAAAGUAUAAAGCUGUGAUUGAAAAGCUUAAAAGUGUAACAAGUAAUGUGGAGACAAGUCUUGAUUACGAAGUACAAAAUGUGUGUCUCUCCUAUGACUGGCUAUUGAAAAUAUGUUGUCAUCUGAUUCAGUGUGAAACUAAGGAACUUCAGGAUAUGAUACUGAAAUUAGAAGUCAUGUUUUUCUCAGAUCCUGAUGAUCUAUCCUUGAGUAUCAAGGGAAAAGACCAUCGUAGGAAACUAAGGGGAGGUGGUCUGUAUUUCGCCAAAAAACUUCAUGGUAUUAAACAGGAAAAUGUGAAAUAAUACAGAUUUAGAUGUGAAUGGUGUAAAAUAAAGCAUGAAUUUCUGUGUUGUCAA